ACGGAUGCUCCCGAAUCCGGUAGCACUUCCUGUUGCUCCUAGUAAGUACCCUGAGACAACGAAUCUCAUAAUAGCCCUAUGAUAUAAAGGAAGCUGUUCAAAUCUGGCGCCUUCAUUUGCUUGUCUGCUUGCGAUACUACCAUUUACCCAUGCCUCCCCAUGAUCUUCCGCCCCCGCCACCUUGGAUAAUCCCCAAUUUCGUGUUGAGGGUGGAAGACUUAUCACAUCCUGGGGCAUCCGUCUUCUUCGAUUGCGUCAAGCCCAAGGAAGCACUCAAGCUCGCAGUUGAAGCAUCUUAUACCUGGCUGUAUACCCCGCUCACGGCUCCAACACACGUCAAGACAAUCACACUCGUUCUCAGACCAUUCGAUGGCGUAGCGUACACUUGCGGCACGCAUGAGAUGAAAGAGAUUAAUUUCUCCCUAGAUUGGAUCAAAUCAUCAGAGGCUCGGGCACGAGAUGAAAUACUAGGCGUGCUGGUUCACGAGGUCGUGCAUUGCUAUCAGUACAAUGGAAACGAUACAUGUCCGGGGGGUCUUAUCGAGGGUGUUGCAGAUUUCGUGAGGCUACAUGCUGGUCUUGCACCACCACACUGGAGGCGUAGAGCUGAGGAGAAGUGGGACGCAGGGUACGAUGCUACGGCGUACUUCCUCGACUGGAUUGAGGAGCGUUGUGGCGAGGGGACUAUCCGAAAACUUAAUGGAUCCAUGAAGGAUUCGAUAUACAAAGUGGAACUCUUUGAGAAGGUGACCGGAGAGAGCGUGAGUUCCCUGUAUGCACUGUAUUGUGAACACGUGAAAGAGACGGGGUAAGGUAUCUCAUGCAUGAACCUUGAUAUAUAAUAUGAUACUAGUAGAAAUAUUUCCGUAGAAGCUACGGAGAAGUCGUAGUGAUAGAUUUUUACAUAUAAUGAAGUGCACUAUAUGAUUUGUUGUACAGGAACCACGAUAACCUCUAUGGAUGA